GGAACAGUCGAGGCCAGCGCUAUCGUUCGUUCUAGGAGCUGAUGUCGGCCGCGUCCUGGAGGCCCCGUAGCGGGGCCGGACCAUGAGCUUGCUGGGCGGCCUUACUUCCUCUCCUCGGACCCUGCUGCAAUCCAGCAAGGCCAGGAUGAAAAAGCUCCCAAAGAAAAGCCAGAACGAGAAGUACCGGCUGAAGUACCUGCGGCUGCGGAAGGCGGCCAAAGCCACCGUGUUUGAAAAUGCUGCUAUUUGUGAUGAAAUUGCUCGUCUUGAAGAAAAAUUUCUUAAAGCAAAAGAAGAAAGAAGGUACUUGCUAAAGAAGCUCCUCCAGCUUCAGGCUCUCACUGAAGGGGAAGCACAGGCUGCAGCUCCUUCCCACAGCACCAGUUUGCCCCUGACAUAUGGUGUGUCCAGCUCUGUGGGAACUAUACAGGGACCUGGGCCCAUUCCUGGGCCCAGCACUGGGGCUGAGGAACCAUUUGGGAAGAAAUCCAAGAAGGAGAAAAAAGAAAAAGGCAAAGAGAACAACAAACUGGAAGUUCUGAAGAAAACAUCCAAGAAAAAGAAAAUGGAGGGAGGUGCUCGCAAGCUGGUUCAGCCCAUUGCCCUGGAUCCCUCAGGACGGCCUGUGUUCCCCAUCGGACUGGGGGGUCUAACAGUAUAUAGCCUGGGGGAGAUCAUCACCGACCGACCUGGCUUUCAUGAUGAAAGUGCCAUCUACCCUGUGGGCUACUGCAGUACUCGAGUAUAUGCCAGUAUGAAGUGCCCAGACCAGAAGUGUCUGUAUACAUGUCAGAUCAAGGAUGGUGGUGUGCAGCCACAGUUUGAAAUUGUUCCUGAAGAUGACCCCCAGAAUGCCAUUGUCAGCUCUUCUGCAGAUGCUUGUCAUGCAGAACUGCUCAAGACCAUAAGUGCGUCUAUAGGGAAGCUAAUGCCCAACUUGUUUCCAUCUGGAGCUGACUUUUUUGGAUUUUCUCAUCCAACCAUCCACAAUCUAAUCCAGAGUUGUCCAGGAGCUCGAAAAUGUGUCAAUUACCAGUGGGUGAAAUUUGAUGUGUGUAAACCUGGAGAUGGGCAGCUACCCCAAGGACUGCCAGAAAAUGAUGCUGCUAUGAGCUUUGAAGCCUUUCAGAGACAGACCUUUGAUGAGGAUCAGAAUGACCCCAUUCUGCCAGGAUCCUUGGACCUCCCAGAACUUCAGCCUGCAGCCUUUGUGUCUUACCAGCCCAUGUUCCUAACACAUGAGCCCUUGGUGGAUACUCACCUGCAACAUUUGAAGUCUACAGCACAGUGUAGCCCAACUCAGUCUUCAGAUUGA